AAGAAGUCUCCUUCAAGGACCGCGAGCUCAGGAUUGUGGGCGAGGUCGGUGCCAAGAUCCGAGUCUUAGACUUCAUUUCUCCCGAUGUCCAGGUUCUAAAUUUAAUGGUUUAAAAACCCGAAUUGAAGACGUAGCUGGAAGAAGAAGAAGAGGGCGUGUAGUACUAAGGAAAAGAAAGCUGAGAAGGACACAAUUGUUUGUUACUCAAAAGGCGCUUACAUCGAUUCAAUAAAGAAGAUGAAUUGGGCAGAAUUUGUGUUGUCCUAUCUUGUGCACGGGAUUGAAGAGUUUAAGAAGAAACAACAAAGUGGGGUUUGCGGUUGCUUAUUGUUUUUAAUGUUAUUCUACCACGAGCAUAUAUCAUUUGAAGAGAAAUUUCUACCGUUAUAUACUCGACCUUCUCCUCGGAUUACUGCUUGGGGAGAUGAUGAAGUAUUAGACAGGAAACGAAGAUUGAAAAAACUUGGUGGAUAUGCAAAUGAGAAUCUCAAAAUAUGGGUGAUAGAAAAUGAGAUAAGGGAUUGCGUUGAUGGAAAUGCAACGACAAUGGCGAGCGAGAAUGAGGACGAUGAGAAAUUUGUAAUCAAUCUAAACAAAGAUGUUAUUAAACGAGUUGAUGGUGGGAAGUUAAUGGAGAUGGAUAAAACCUUUCAACAAUUAAAGACACAACUAAUUGAUAUGGCUUAUGGUGCAAGUAGUAGUAGUUGUGAUCAAAUUUUGGCUAAAUUUGAGGAGAAUUAUACUACAGUGAAAGGUCUCUUCCUUAGAUCAAGUGGAAAACCUUUGAGAAUGCACGAGGAAGGACGAAGAAUGACAUUCUCUCAUGCGAGAGAAGUUUGGAAGAUACGAACAAUAUGA